GCAGGCCAGGCCAGGGCAGGCCAGGCCGCGGAGCUGGAGCGGGACAUGGCCGGGCCGCUGGCACCCCCGGUCACGCAGCAGGUCGGGAGAGCUCUGGGCCCCGAGCUGCCACCGGAGCCGGGGGAGCUGCAGGAGGCCGCUCGCUGCCUGGUGCUGGACGCGAACGGGAGGAGCAUUCCCUUUAAGGCCCUGUACGCGGAGCGCAAAGCGAUCGUGUUGUUCGUGCGGAAUUUUUUAUGUUACACCUGCAAAGAGUAUGUAGAAGAUCUGGCCAAAGUCCCCAAGGCAUUUUUACAUGAGGCAAAUGUGAGGCUUAUAGUUAUUGGACAGUCAUCUUAUCAUCACAUCAAGCCCUUUUGCAGUUUAACUGGGUAUACACAUGAAAUGUAUGUAGAUCCACAAAGGGAAAUUUAUAAAACACUUGGCAUGAAAAGAGGUGAAGACAAUAAUGCAUCAGUGCAAAGCCCCCAUGUGAAAUCAAACAUGCUCCUGGGAAGCAUUAGGAGUAUGUGGAGAGCAAUGACUGGCCCAGCUUUUGAUUUUCAAGGAGAUCCCGCUCAGCAAGGAGGAGCUUUGAUUUUAGGUCCAGGCAAUGAAGUUCAUUUUUUGCACCUUGAUAAAAGCAGGCUGGAUCAUGUUCCCAUUAACACAAUUUUGCAGCUGGCAGGAGUUAAACCGGUAAAUUUCUCAAAUAAACCCCAGAUUAUUGAUAUAUGACACUGACACAACGUUUAUGUUUUUAUUUCUGCUCUACAAGAACAAUUCUCCAGCAAAUUGCUACCAGCAUCAGUAUUGUUGUGUCUUCACGGGACACCUAGAAAACUUAUCUAGAAAACUGCAGCACA